AUGUCAAUUUACGAUCCAUUCGGUUUUUUGGCAAACAUCACAAUUGUUGCGAAAUUGUUGAUUCAGUCGGCGUGGAAGCAGAACAUUAUGUGGGAUGAACAACUGCCGCAUCCGCUAGCCAAGCAAUGGAAGGCUUGGUGGACAAAAUUUCAAUAUGUGAACUCAUUAACUGUACCUCGUUGUUAUUCAAGCAUGAUAUCAAGCGCCGAGAACGUCCAGCUGCACAUCUUCGUCGAUGCUAGUACAGACGCAUACGCCGCCGUCGCCUAUUUGCGAGUCAGUCAGGGGGAUAUGGUAGAAGUAGCACAGGUAUGUGCGAAAUCUACAUGCGCGCUGCUCAAACCGAUGACCGUCCCACGUCUGGAACUGCAGGCAGCAGUCCUUGGAUGCCGCCUUAAAACUCUGAUAGAGCAAAACCACGAGAUUCGCAUUGACAGUACAACCUUUUGGAGCGAUUCGCAGACCGUAAUCCUCUGGAUACGUUCACACUCCCGAGCGUAUAAGCCAUUUGUGGCGCAUAGGAUUGUAGAAAUCCUGUCGGCAACGACGGCGGAACAGUGGCGUUGGAUACCCACAGCGUUGAACGUGGCAGAUGAUGCCACACGUGCCGUACCGAUUCCUGAGCCUUCAAUAAACACCCGUUGGCUACGUGAACCAGAGUUUUUGUAUCAGCAAGAGGGACAAUGGCCGCGAGAAACCAUGUUGUCAUCCGUCGAAUGUGCCAACGAGGAGCUAACUGGUCGAAAGCUUCUUCUCUGUACCACAGUAAGAGUCGUGGCCUGGGUAUUGCGUUUUGUCAGCAAUGCAAGAAAGGAAGUACGCAAAGAAGAACUGCAAGCCGAUGAACUGACUGCCGCUGAAAAGCAAAUAUGCCGCAUAAUGAAGAAGGUCUACUCCGAGUCUACGGAAGAAUAG